AUGGCUUCAAUGGAAAUCAAUAUUCAUAAAGGAAGCGGCAACUUCCCAGCUAUAGACACUGAAAAUACACUCUCGAAUGUAACAUCAAUCCAAUCACAAUUGCAAUCGUUAUAUGAUUGCAAUGAUACAUCAAAAAAUUGCUAUAAAUACAAUAAUUAUAAAAAUAUUAACAUGAACAGUUCGACCGAAAAACUUUUGAAAAUGCACGCAAGUAACAUAACGAACGAACAUUCAAUUCCUCCUCAUAUUAAUUUUCAAAAAUCCUUCGAUGAUAAUAACAGCUCUGUUGCAGUAGUUGGAGUUGGUGGUGGUGGAUCAAAUAAUAUUAAAAUGACACUAGAGACCCAACACCAUCAAAAAAAUCAAAAUCCUGAAUUGGAAGCAAAAACAAAAACAAUGUUAUCUGAAUUGAAAAAGAAUUUAUCGCCUCUAAUGACAACAAAAAAAUACGCUAAAGAGAUGACUAAAGAGCAAGCUGAUAUUGGUCAAGUUGCUUCAGAUGUAGCAAAUACUUCAGGACUUAACAAUGCUAAAACGGCUACAAUACUUGUAUCAAAGUCAAAAACUAAAACAGGACUUCCGUUGUUGUUAAAGAAUUCAAUAAACUAAUUAAAAUACAACAAACAUUUUUUGUACCACAAUUUGAAAAAUGGUUUUGCUUGACAACAAGAA